AAUUUAUAAUUUUAAUUAAUAACUUUAAUUUAUAGUUUUAUUUUAAUAACUAAUAUUUUUAUUAUACAAUUUCUUUUAUACAAUAAUUAAAUAUAAAUAAAGUUGGGCCAAACCAAUGAUCAGUAGUUUUCUGUUUACCGUAAAUUAAAGAUCGCUGAAUAAAAAAUGUUGCUUCCGAUAUUUUUAUUGAGUUUAUUCACAAAUUAUCAAAAUAUGGUCAAUGGUGCAAAUAUUUUGGCUUUAAUGAAUAUUCCUUCACCCAGUCAUUCAUUAUGGAAUACAAUAUUAGUAAAUGCUUUAGCAAACAGGGGUCAUAAUUUAACAGUUUUAAUAUCGGAUUUACCGAAAAAUCCAAAAGAUUUACAUAAAAAUGUACAUUUUAUUGAUAUGAAUGAUAUGUAUCAAAAUUUAUUUAAUGAAGCUGAUUUCGAAUCUUUCCUCGAUAUUAGCCCACUACAGAUGAUGUCUGGCUAUUGUAUGUACAAUAUAUUAGUUUGUGAAGCUACUUUAAAAUCAAAAGGAUUUUCUUUAUUUAUGGAAAAGUAUAAAAAUGAAAAAUUUGAUUUAAUAUUGUACGAUUAUACUUUUGGUCCAUGUUUACUUGGAUUAGUUCACAUGUAUAAUUAUCCACCAUUAAUAAGUGUAUCAGCAUUUCCUUAUGUACCGAUAGCAACAAAAUUUACUGGAGGACAUUUUUAUCCUGCUUACGUUAGCUAUCAUAGCGUUACAUGGGAUCCUAUCAACAACUUUUUAGAUAGAAUGCACAAUCAUAUGUUAUAUGCUGCUGAAGAAUUAUACCGAUACUAUUCAAUGAAUCCACAGUUAGAUAAAAUGAUAAGACCGGUAUUUCCCGCUGAUACUCCAUAUUUGGCUGAUUUAGAGAAGUUAACAACAAUUGCACUUAUUGGAACACAUCCAGCAAUAACAAAAGCUCAGCCAUUACCACAGAACAUCAUUGAAGUUGGUGGCCUCAAUAUAGUUGACUCACAACCAUUGCCAAAAGAGCUAGAUAGUUUUAUAAAUUCAUCAAAAAAGGGUGCUAUUUUCUUUUCACUAGGAACUAAUGUUCAACCAAAAUUUGUGAAAUCGGAAAUGAUUGAAAAUAUUUUAAAAGUAAUGGAAAAAUUUCCAGAAUAUAAUUUCAUGUGGAAAUUCGAUGUUAAUUUAAUUAAAAUGAAAAUUCCAAAGAACGUUCUGGUUCAAACGUUUUUCCCUCAGCGAGAUAUUUUAGCUAAUAAAAAGACAAAAUGUUUUAUCACACAUGCUGGUGGAUUAAGUACUCAGGAAGCAAUAUGGUUUGGUGUUCCAAUGAUUACAGUACCAGUAUUUGUUGAUCAGUUAAGAAAUAGCCAAAAAGUCGUCGAAGAUGGUAUCGCGACUGAAAUUAAUUUUUCAAAAUUUACCGGCGAAUCUUUUCAUAAUGCUCUUAAUGAUAUUUUACACAACGAAAAAUAUAUAAAUAAUAUCAAAAAGCAAUCAGAAAUAUUCAAAGACCGACCAAUGAAGCCAUUAGAUACAGCAAUUUGGUGGAUUGAAUAUGUUUUGAGACAUCCCAAUCCAACACAUUUAAAAGUACCAACUUUAGAACUAGGAUAUUUUAUUGCAAAUUCUUAUGACUUCAUUUCGAUUGUUUUAUUGAUUGUUAUAUUUAUUUUAUAUGUAACUAUCAAAAUUAUUAAAUGUAUUUGUCGUGGGAAGGCAAGAAAAACUGAAAAACAAAAAUUAAAAAAGAAAUGAGUUAUGGUUCUAAAAUUAAUUGAAGAUAAAUUGAACUGUGUAAAAAAAUUGUGGGAUUUAAUGUAUAACAUGUAGAAUGUUUAAGAAUGCCAAAUAUUUAACUAGUAAUAAAUAAUUUUGUAGCUCUA